AUGCAUGCGCGUCAAGCAGCCUUCGGUCUCGCCAUUUUGUUGACACUGGCGACAUUCGUUUGCGAAGGCGUCCGUCCGUUACGUAGACGAGGAAGUGGUCUUCGAACUCGACGUUUCGGCUGUUACAGUGGUAACUGCGGCGGCUACGGUGGCGGCUACGGUGGCGACUACUACGGACACUUCGGCCAUGGUUUUCACGACCACUAUGACCAUUAUGAUUACGAUCACUUCCCCCAUCCUGGAGAUCACCUUCCCCAUGCCCAUGUGUGGCACUACGACGGCUACAACCCCCCGCACGAACACAUAAUAUUCUAA